AUGCCUGGCCGUGACAAGUUCUCCACCGUUACCGAGGCCGUUGUCCCUGCAGCCUUUCCCACCGCAGAGGCUCCUCGCUCUGACGUGUAUUACAACCCUCGUUUGAACCCGAAGAACUACCUUGAAGGCCCUCUCUCCCCCAACCCCGCCACUCGCCUGCGCCAGAUGCUCGCCAGGCCUGGCAUCGUCGUUGCCCCUGGUAUCUGCGAUGGUAUCAGUGCCAGAUGCGCUCUUGAGGCUGGGUUCAACUGCAUGUACCAAAGUGGGGCUGCCACCACUGCUUCUCGCCUUGGUCAGCCAGAUCUAGCCAUAGCUACUAUGAAUGACUUCGUCGGGGCUGCGCAAAUGGUCUGCUCUCUGGACCCGACCGUUCCUGUUAUUGCCGAUGCCGACACAGGGUUUGGCGGUCCCGCUAACGUUGCUCGUACUGUGACGCAAUAUGCCAGAGCCGGUGUCGCAGGUCUGCACAUCGAGGAUCAAGUACAGACGAAGCGGUGCGGCCACUUGAUGGGCAAGCAGGUCGUGUCCCGCGAAGAGUUCCUCACGAGGAUCAGGGCCGCCGUUAUUGCCCGCGACUCGAUUCCUGGAGGCUCCGAUUUUGUCAUCAUCGGUCGCACCGACUCGGCGCAGGUCCUCGGUAUGGAGGAGGCUAUCACCCGCCUGAAGCUCGCUGCCGACGCCGGUGCCGACGUCUGCUUCAUCGAGGGCGUCAAGACAGAGGAACUACUCCGCUCGACUGUCGCUGCUCUUGCACCGAAGCCUGUGUUGGUCAACGUCAUUUCUGGAGGACUUACCCCGUCCUUCACUUGCGAAGAGGCCGAGAGGAUGGGUGCUAAGAUUAUCAUCUUCUCUCUAGUCUCUUGUGUCGCCAUGGUUCAUGCAGUUCGUGCUGCCAUGCAUUCCCUGAAAAAGACCGGCACCGACUUCAGCUCCGCCAAGGGGAUGGACCCAAAAUCUUUCUUCGAAGUCAUGGGUCUCAACGAAGUCAUCGAAUUGGAUGCUCAGGCCGGGGGUUCUGCUUUCGCGGUUGUGUAA